AUGGCGAGCCUCGUGGGCAUUCUCGACGACGAGAUCACCAACCUCACCCUGCUCCUCACCUCGGUGCCGUUUUCCACCAAACCCGCCCCGGGGUUCUUCCUCAACAUCUACCGCCUCGACCCCCACGGCGUGCAAAAGCUCCGCGACCAGCCGCAGAAAUUCCCCGUCGACGCCGCCAAAUUGCUCAAGUUGGGCAUUCUGCUCGGCCUGUUGGUGCGGACGCUCGAGCUCGACGAGGAGCUCUAUACUUCACUGCAGCAACCGCAGAAACACAUCAUCCACCACGUCCGCACCACUCCUGCCAACAACAAACCGACCUCAGGGCCUAUAGGCGUCGGCGGCCUGAAGAAACUCGCUGGCGACGACUUUAACCUGGCGUUUCUGAUCAACUUUGAUCGGCCCCACGCCCUCAGUCCUCAGGGACUGGCAGCACCGCUGGUACGAAUCGUGUCGCUGCUGACACAGCUGCUGACGACCCACCAGGCGAAGUUCGCCAAAAACUUGCUAACCAUCCUCAGAAACUUUGACAUUGGCACCCCGGUACCGCAGAAGGGCGAUGGCAUCAGCCAUCUGGGCCUGCUGAACACGAUCAACCAGCUCAACGGGUACCCGCAGCUGGUGCUGAACGCGCUGCCGAUCAAGCUCAACCUGAAACAGUUACUCAUCGAGAAGCUUGAGAUCAACAUCGCCUUGGACACUUUGUUCAUCUACAAGACUCUAUUCAAAGUCACCCUCCAGAUCUUCCAAAUAUUACGCAACGGGCUUGUGGCGGUGGGGGCGCUGGAGAUGACGCUUCUGCGCACCACCACCGAGUCCGACGAGCUGCUGCUGAUCUUUCUGAUGGCGCUGGGGGUGCUGAGCGACCUGAACUACCACUUGCUGCCCGAGGAAUACGUCAAGUUGGUGAAACAGAUCGUCCAGCGAUUACUCUUCGGGCUCGUGGAGCCGUUCACCCGGCUCAUAUUCACCGAGCUCGUCGAACAAGACAUCCACACCCAGUUCACCAAGCUACUAAACAGUUUGUAA